AUGAUAGCUGAUUUCUCGAAUAGUCUACAGACAGAAACGAAUCCGGAAAUUACUUUAGAUAAAACUUUAGCUAUAUUUAAAUCAGUUGCUAUAAAGAAAGAAGUUAGUCUUGUUGAUAUUUUGUCUAAGGCGUGCAUUACGGUUACUAAUAGGCGAUUCGCUAAACUAUCCAAAGAACAAGCAAUGGAGUUCUAUCGCGAUCGGAAGGAUGAGGAUGGUUAUGCAAAAUUAGUAGAGGAUCUCUGUCGUGACAUUGUGCUGGUUAUGGUUUUUGCAAAAACUAACAUUGUCGAUAUAUGGAGAGAAAUAGUUAAUUAUCCAAUGACUAAGAAUACCCAGAAUGACCUUGCUCAAAAAUUCUGGAAUGAAUUUGGAAGUCUUGAUAACAGUUUGUUCCAUGCUAGUGAGACGAAGUGCAAUGCCGAUUGGGAAAUUCCAUUCUUUUUCCCGAAUACCAUCACUGAGCCAAUUCGAUCCGCAGAAACUGCCAAAUACUAUCUCAGCAAAAACGUUCUUCCAACUUUGUUAUCUUGUUUAACAGAGGUCUGCAAAAGAAAACCUUUAGAUCCAAUCAUGUUUCUAGCCGAUUCGCUUCUAAGGAACAACCCGAAUCAGCCAAGAACUAGCGAUAAAGAAGAAGAAGACAAGUGCUGA